AUGGCGCGGGCCCCGACCGCGAUCUCUACGUCGGCGAAUGAUCUCGAGCUGUGGAUGGCGGGGGACGAGUCUAUGCCCCCGACACCGCCACCCAAGACGCCGCGGAGCAUGGGAUUCAGCAAAGGCAGCAUGGCGUCCAUGUCCACCACAUCGACCUCCACAUCCUCCACCUCCCGGCGCGCCCAAACCCAAACCCAACAAACCCAACAACAACCGCGCACAUCCGAGUCGACGUCCUUGACCAACUCGACCAUCGACGACUACUCGUACACCUCGUCCUUCCCGCCCUCGAUAUCCGUGUCGAACUACUCGCCCGAGUUCAACGGCUCUGGCUCCGGAUCGGGGAGCUCGAAUACCUUUCUGGGCAGCAGUGAGAUGGGGGUUAGGGCGGAGAGGGAGCGGGAGAGGAAGGAGAGCUCGAACGGGAGCGUGCUGAGAAAGGCGCGCUCCGCCGUCGGCCAGCUCGUCCGCCGCUCGAAAUCCAAAGCGCGCAUCGACGCCGAGUACGCCGCGCACGCAUCCAACGCGCCGCCCGUGCCGGACAUGCCGCUGCCGUCGUCGUCGACGAGCCCGCCGCACCACACGUCGUCCGCGAGCUCGUCCGGCAUCGCCGCGUCCGUCUCGUCCACCUCUUUAAUCCCCUCGUUCAAAAAAGACCGCAAGCGCUCGCGCGAUCCGGGCCAUCCGUCGAGCACGGGCAGCGUGACGGAGGACACGGAGGGCGGGACCAAGUUCGACUUUGAUCUUGAUUUGGGGAGCAUGGACGGGAUCGUGGACGCGUCGCGCCUCGGCACCGUGGGCAAUCGGAACAGUCUGAACAGUAGGGAGAAGGAGAGGGAGCGCGACGAGGGCGAGAUCGUUAUUAUGCAGGUCGACUCUUACUCUUCUUCGGGGCCUGGGUCCAGUUUGGGCGGCGGAAUUGGAGGCGGGAUUGGAGGGGGAGGAGGGAUGGGCGGGAUGCCGAGCUUCAGCGAUCCGUGGCCGCAGCCCUCGCACGCCCAUUCCCAGAUCUUCAACUCGCCGCACUCCUCGCGCGAGUCCAAGCGCCGGCGGCACGGCGCGCACGGCGACCGCGAGCGCGGCAACACCGCGUCGUCGACCAACACGCGGCUCACUACCGCUUCUUCGGGGCGCCUUACGACGGCGAGCAGUCAUCAUGGCGAGCUCGCGGGCCCGGCGGUAUCGGUGCACCAGCCCGCGCGGCUGCCCGACGCGUUGUUGGCGGGGCCGCAGGACGCGAUGGGGUGGAAAGCGCCGGACUCGUGGGUCACGAACGGCGACGAGCGCGCGGAGGCCGAGUCGGGCUCGGAGGACGAGUUUGUCGUCGGUUCUUCGCUUUACACCACCAAUUCAAAUACAAAUGGGAAUGGGAGCGUGCUGGGGAGUCCGACUGCGCACGAGGGAGGAGGGGGAGGUGCUAAUGGGAGGAGUAGGAGGCCGGGGAGCGCGGGCGGCGAGGGCAGUAGGGGCAAGCGGAAGAGUAAGGCGGCGGGCAUGGCGUAUAAGCUGAAGGUCCAUAUCGGGAGCAGCAGUAAUGACUUUAGGAUAUUGAGUAUGGGGCUGGCUACGCCCACCCACUCCGUAUGCCGCUUCCUCGCGCGCGAGCUCCUAGGCCGGCCGGACGACAACUACAAGCUCUACCUCAAAGAGCGCGGCAGGGAGCGCAUACUGGGCGAUAAGGAGCGCCCGGCGGAUAUUGUCAGGCGCAGGCUGGAGCAGGCCGGAUACACGCCCGCGGACGGACUCGAGACCCUCGGCGGCGAGAGCCUGAGCUUUUUGCUCAAGUUCGUGUAUAAGUCGAAUGUGUUGGGCGCUACGGAAGACGACACGAAGACGCUCUCGUCCUACACGCAUGUAGACCUGACCAACAAGGGCCUCCGCACGAUCCCCAUCGCGCUCUAUGCGCGCGCGCACGAGAUUGAGACGUUGGAUCUGGGCCGCAAUCCGAUGCUCGAGAUCCCGCGCGACUUCAUCAAAGACUGCACAAACCUGCGCUCGCUCGUGCUCUCCAACAUGGCCAUCAAACGCGUCCCAGGCUCCGUCCGGCUCCUCGAACCGCUCUACACGCUCGACAUCAGCUGCAACCGCAUCGCCGACCUCGUCGACGCGGGACUGGACCAUCUCAAGAGCCUCAACCGGUUGUACGCGCAGAACAACCGGAUGGACGCGCUGCCGUGGUACUUCCCGCGCCUCAAGGCGCUCACGAGGCUGAAUAUAUCGAAUAAUAAGUUUCGCGCGCUGCCGAGUGUUGUGUGCGAACUUACCGGGUUGACACAUCUCGAUGUAUCGUUCAAUAUGCUCGAGGAGCUGCCGGGCGAUAUAUGCGCGUUGGUGAAGCUCGAGGAGUUGAUCAUGGUCGGCAACCGCGUCUCCUCCUUCCCCCCCGCGAUCUACCAACUCACCUCCCUCCGCAUCCUCGACUGCCGGCGCAACCUCAUAACCGACAUCGGCCCCGUCUCAAUGCUGCCCGCGCUCGAGCGGCUCUCCGUGAACCACAACGCGCUGCAGUCCGUCUCGCUCACCUCGGGCCGCUUCAUGCGCGAGAUCGAUCUGGGCUCGAACGACAUCACUUCGAUCUCAUUGUUACAAGGCCCGAUCGGCUCGCCGCCCACGAGCCUCACGACGCUCGACCUCGCGCACGCGAAGCUCUCUUCGCUCGACGGCUUGGACUUCGGGUGGAUGCCCGGCCUGCAGAUCGUGCGCGUCGACGGGAACGGGUUCCGCGCGCUCCCCCCGUCCAUAUCCACCCUCUCGCACCUCAAAGAGCUGAGUGCGGCGGACAACAAUCUUGAAGAUUUGCCUGUGGGCAUCGGCGGGCUGCAGUGCCUGGAGGUGCUGGAUGUGCGCUCGAAUUGUCUGCAGGAGGUCCCGGCGGAGAUUUGGAGGUGUGGGAGGCUGAGGAGGGUGAAUAUGACGAGUAAUGUGAUUGCUGUUUGGCACCCUCCCCCUCCACCACCGACUACGACCAGUACGACGACAACAGCAACAACGGCGGGGACGGAGGUGAAGGAGGAGGAGGAUCUGAGGAAGGGGAGUAUUGGGAGUGUGGCGAGUACGGCGAGUACGGCAAGCACGUCGACUGUUACGCCGCCGUCGACGUAUAUUGGGAGCAUGACUACGCUUGGGCAGUCGGCUUCUGUGCAUGGGGUCCUCGAGGAGAAAGUGCCCGAAAUCGUCCCCGACCGACCGCUUCCUCCCCUCGUGCACUCCCUCACCAACCUCUUCCUCGGCGAAAACGCCCUGAAUGACGAAGCCCUCGCGCCCCUCAUGAUGCUGCGCAACCUGCGCGUCCUGAACCUCUCCUUCAACGAGAUCCAGACGCUGCCCGCGAACCUCUUCACGGCCCUGCACCGCGUCUCGCACCUCUACGUCUCCGGCAACCGCCUCGCCUCCCUGCCCACGGAGGGUCUGGGCAGCUCCGCGACGAAGGCGGCGAUCCAGAACGCGACGGGCCAGGGCGUGCAGCUCAAGGUUCUGUUUUUGAACGGGAAUAGGCUGCAGACGCUGCCGCAGGAGCUCGGGAAGGUUACGACGCUGGAGAGCUUGGAUGUGGGGAGCAAUGAGCUGAGGUAUAAUAUUAAUAAUUGGGAGUUUGAUUGGAAUUGGAACUUCAACCAGAACCUGCGAUACCUCAACUUGUCCGGCAACAAGCGCCUCGAGAUCAAACCGGACGCCUCGCGCAAAACGCAGACCAACACCCAGCUCGAGCUCGCCGGCUUCGCCAAUCUGCCGCACUUGAGAGUGUUGGGUCUCAUGGACGUCACGACUACGUUCACGUCUCUGAACCAGAUCCCCGACGACACCGAAGAGCGCCGCGUGCGCACGUCCCUCUCCGCAUUCGGCGCGUUCGUCUACGGCAUCGCGGACAACCUCGGCGCUGCGUCUUUCGGCCACACGCAAGACCCCUUCUCGAGCUCACUAAGAGAAGCCGCGAGCGCGCGUUCCCUAUCGGCGCGCUACAAGCGCGAUGCGCUGCCCCUCCGCGCGGACCCCUCGUCCUCGCCCUCGUCCUCGCGCCUCCCCACCGCGUCCGACAUGCAGCGCUACGACCCGCAACGCACGCCCCCCGCGCCCGAGCUCGACCCCGCGGACGAGAUCUCGGUGCGCAUGUUCGACCUCGUGAUCCCGCGCUUCCGCAACCGGCCCGACGAGGCGCUCUUCGCGAUGUUCGGCCGCGCGCGCGCGCCGCCCGCGAACGCCAAGAUCGCGAAGUUCCUGCACGACAAUCUCGCAAGGGAACUGGCGAGCGAGCUCGGCGGCGUGCAUAGCGCGCGCGGGGAGGGCCCGCCCGACGCGCUGCGGCGCGCGUUUUUGAAGCUCAAUUGGCUCGCGCAUGAUCAUCUGUUUGCCGCGGGGCGGAAGAUGAGCGCGCAGAGCGGCGGGUACGGGUACGGGAGCGCGCCGAUCAACGCCAAAGACGCACAAGCUCUGGGUGCGAGCGGCGUCGUGCUGUACGUCGCGGGGCGCAUGCUGUACGUCGCGAAUGCCGGCGCGGCGCUGGCGGUCGUCAGUCGGCGCGGGCACGCGGAGCCGGUCAGCACGAAGCACGAUCCGUUUAUUCGGGCGGAGACGGACCGGAUCAGGCAGGCGGAGGGCUGGGUCUCGCCGAAGGGGCUCGUGAACGACGACGCGCCCGUGUCGCGCAGCUUCGGGUACUACCACCUCGUGCCGGUCGUCAACGCGCGCCCGGACGUCGCGGCGUACGAGCUCACGGACCUCGACGAGUUCGUCAUCAUCGCGAACGAGGGGCUCUGGGACUUUAUCUCGCCGCAGACUGCGGUCGACAUUGCGCGGACGGAGCGCGCGGACCCGGGAUUGGCGGCGCAGAAGUUGAGGGAUUUGGCGAUUAGCUAUGGCGCGGAGGGCACGACUAUGAUUAUGGUUAUCGCCGUGGACCGCGGCGCGCAGAAGAGGCGCGAUAUCGAGAGCGCGUCGUCGUAUCAGAUCAAUAGGCCGCGCCGACACGAUCCCAGGACCGAUCGGCUGCCGAGCGAGCCCGCCGCGCCCAUCGGACAUCUCGCGCUCGUGUUCACCGAUAUCCGGAACAGCACGGUCCUGUGGGAUACGAACGCGGGGAUGCCGACUGCGAUACGGAUGCACCAUUCGCUGUUGAGGCGCGAGCUGCGGGUGUGUGGCGGGUACGAGGUCAAGACGGAGGGAGACGCGUUCAUGGUGGCGUUCACGCAUGUCGGCGCGGCGCUCUUGUGGUGCUUGACGGUGCAGGCGCGGUUGUUGGAGGAGCAGUGGCCGUUGGAGAUUUUGGAGAGUACGGAGGGGAAGGAGAGGCACGGGCCGACGGGCGAGCUGCUCGCGCGCGGGCUGAGCGUGCGCAUGGGUAUUCAUUGCGGGAGCCCGGUGUGCGAGAAGGACGUGACGACGCAGCGGAUGGACUAUUAUGGUCCUAUGGUCAACCGCGCGGCGCGCGUUAUGGGCUCGGCGGCGGGCGGGCAGAUCAUGCUCACUGCUGAUGUCGUGCGCGAGCUGCAGGAGGGCGGAUGGGAGCGGAACGACGAGGUCGCGGUCUUUGAUCCGCAGUUCGUACCCGUCGGCGAGGUCAAGCUCAAGGGCCUGGAAAUGCCCGAGAUGCUCACGCUCGUGUAUCCGCACAAGCUGCUCGGUCGCCAGGAUCUCGUACUGGAGGAGCUCGAAGCUCCGCCACCCAAUCCCGAGCCUGAAGAGAGCGCUGAACCGGCUGCGCCUGAGCAGGCAGACGACGACGACAGCCCGUUCCCGGAGAUAUGCACGGCGGAGAAUAUUCGGGACCUGGCGUCUCUUGUCGUUCGGCUCCAGGCGCUUGCCGGAGGGCGCGUCUACAGGCCGACGCCGCCUCGGAAAGGCAGUACGCACUCGGCCAACACCCUCCUCGAUGUACCUGCACCCACCGCAUCUUUCCUGUCCUUCGCAUCGUCUUCGACGUCCACCGCCAGCCUCAACCCAUCGCUCAACAUCGACCCCGGUCUCAUCCUCCCGCCCAUCCCUGAGCGCAUCAGUGAUGCGGAUCUCGAGCCUGUGCUCGAGUUGAUGCUGAUGACCAUCGAGAACGCCGUACGGUCUAUCACCGAGCGCUUCGUGCUGCCGAAGAUAGACACUCUCCUCAAAGCUCUCCUCGACGGACGGAUCGGGCAGAACGACCUGGAUGGAUUUCUCGCUUCGUUCGGGGUCAGCGACGAUGCCCAACCCCAAUAA